AUGGAGCGCCCGGCGCCUGAGCUGAUCCGGCAGAGCUGGCGGGAGGUGAGCCGCAGCCCGCUGGAGCAUGGCACCGUCCUGUUCGCCAGGCUGUUUGACCUGGAGCCGGACCUGCUGCCCCUCUUCCAGUACAACUGCCGCCAGUUCUCCAGCCCGGAGGACUGCCUCUCUUCCCCUGAGUUCCUGGACCACAUCAGGAAGGUGAUGCUCGUGAUUGAUGCUGCGGUGACCAACGUGGGGGACCUGUCCUCGCUGGAGGAGUACCUUGCCAGCCUGGGCAAGAAGCACCGGGCAGUGGGUGUGAAGCUCAGCUCCUUCUCGACGGUGGGUGAGUCCCUGCUCUACAUGCUGGAGAAGUGCCUGGGCCCUGCCUUCACACCAGCCAUGCGGGCUGCCUGGAGCCAGCUCUAUGGAGCCGUGGUACAGGCCAUGAGUCGUGGCUGGGAUGGUGAUUAAGAGGCGGCCCUGCCCAGCGGCCUCCGCCUGGUGGCCCCUGACGGUCUGUGUCUACCUGUUGGUCUGUGUCCAUUGUAGCCCAGGCUCCCCUAGGCCUCCCUGCAUCAUUCAUGGUCCUUGUUCCCUUGGCCAUGCCAGAGAGGUGAUGGAGCAGGGCUGCGUCUCAGUCUCCCUCACCCCCCAACUGCAGACAGGGUGGCUUUUCCUUGGAAAGGGGCCUUCGGAUUUCCUUGAAUUUCCAGUAGCUUCCUCCCUGCCGGCCUUCUUUCCUCUGUGGCCUCCCCUCUUCUUCCAGGAGGAGGAGCAGCGUUUUGGUAGCAGAGGUGGCAUGGACCCAGAGGGUAUGGCGCUUUGAGGGAAUGGGCUCUUCUGUCACCCUCCCUUCCCAGGCGAACCUGGGCCGAGCGGGGCAGUGGCGUGGCUGAGCUUCAGGCACCUUCCCAGCUUGCCUGCUUCAGUGCUCUUCUCUCCCAGGGGUGUUUGCUUUUCACAAGGAGAGGUGGGAUAGCUUCGGCCUUCGUGGUGGAGCCACGGGCAGCAGGAGCAGGGGACCAGGAGAGCUGCUGAGGAAGGGAAACCUGGCUCCGUGAUGGGGCUCAUCGGGGUCUUGGGGACCCACUCAGAUGCCACCCGAUGACAGAGUAGUUUUUCUUUUGUAGUGUCUGGUGGGAGCUCCCCUAUUAUCGCUCUGUAAGAACCAGCCAGCCAGCCAGGGUGGGGCGAGGCUGCGGAAGGGCAAGGAAGGAAGAGGGCUUCAUUCCCAAGACACCUGACUCCCAGCGGCUCCUGCUCACCCCGGACUCCGUCAGACCCUGAGUCUCAUUUCCCUCACCACCCUUUCUGCCUCUGCCCAUACCGACGGCGGGUCCCUAGCUCCCCAUAUUUAAUACCUGCUGUGUGCCUGUACUUAGCUGGAUGGAUAGAAGAGAAAGCUGCAGGAGAGGCCCCCUGCCCUCGCCCCGAGCUGUCUCCACUUUUAUCUUCUGCUACGUGCUGUGGUUGUAUAAACUUAUGAGAAAUAAACCUAUUUUGUGUGCC